UCUUUUYCCCCCCACCUUCAUUUCUCUGCUACCUGUGUUUGAUCCAUUCAUCAGAGGGACGGGCGAGCAGCCUCCACCACCUCAGAAACUUCUUGCUGUAGCAGUAAACCUCUGGAGGACUCCGGUCAGCUGCAGAAAAGGAGGGACAGGGUGGGAUUCUGACAGAUSUGGUGAAGGAUUGCGUGAGGACACAGAGGAUGAAGAGGGGGAUGCUCCRGCAGCAUCACUGAAGCCCCUCCGCUCGCUACUUGACCCCCCACUUCUGUCUGGUCGAUGCUGUCUUUAUGACACACUCCCUCGGUUAAAGACGAGCGGUUUGGGUAAACAUGUCCCAGACUAGAAAGAACACACACACCCGGACCACCAGCAGUGGCAGCAGCAGGAUGAGCUCAGAUGGGGGCGGGCGGCCCAUCAAAGUGGGUUCCCUGGUGGAGGUGAUAGGGAAGGAGCAGUGCGGCACAGUGGCCUACAUCGGGACCACGCUCUUCGCCUCAGGGAAAUGGGUGGGAGUCAUCCUGAGUGAGCCCAAGGGCAAGAAUGAUGGCACGGUGCAGGGCAAACGCUACUUCACCUGCGAAGAGAACCAUGGGAUCUUUGUGCGGCAGUCACAGAUCCACCUGGUUGGCGAUGGAGCCGACACGUCUCCAGAAACACCUGAACCUGUCAGUGGGAGGGUCCCCAAACGAGAGAUCCUGGAGACGACCAAGUCAGCCAAACUGGAGGAGGAGGCGCUGCGGGCUCAGGUGAAGGACCUGGACGAGAAGCUGGAGACGCUGAAAAUUAAGCGAACAGAAGACAAAGCCAAGCUGAAGGAGCUGGAGAAGCAUAAGAUCCAGCUGGAGCAGCUGCAGGAGUGGAAGGCCAAGAUGCAGGAGCAGCAGGCCGAACUGCAGAAACAGCUCAAAGAGGCCAAAAGGGAGGCUAAAGAAGCCCUGGAAGCAAAGGAACAUUACAUGGAGGAGAUGUCAGACACAGCUGACGCCAUCGAGAUGGCGACGCUGGAUAAGGAGAUGGCUGAGGAGCGAGCAGAGUCCUUACAGCUGGAGGUUGAUUCGCUUAAGGAGAGAGUGGACGAGCUCACCAUGGAUCUGGAGAUCCUCAAACACGAGAUCGAGACAAAAGGCUCUGACGGCGCUGCUUCCAGUUAUCAUGUGAAGCAGCUGGAGGAGCAGAACAGCCGGCUGAAGGAGGCUCUGGUCAGGAUGCGCGACCUCUCUGCAUCCGAGAAGCAAGAACACGUGAAGCUGCAGAAGCAGAUGGAGAAGAAGAACCUGGAGCUGGAUUCUCUGAGGAGCCAGAAAGAGAAGCAGCAGGAAGAGGUGAAGGCGGCAGAGAAAACCAUCGAUGAGCUGAAGGAGCAGGUGGAUGCAGCUCUGGGUGCAGAGGAGAUGGUGGAGACGCUGACAGAGAGGAACCUGGACCUGGAGGAGAAAGUCAGGGAGCUGAGGGAGACUGUCACAGACCUGCUGCAGGAGGUGAACAGAGAGCUGACCAGCCAGCAGGAGGCCUCGGCUGAGCUGCAGCAGCAGCCGCCGGCAGAGAUGUUUGAUUUCAAGAUUAAGUUUGCAGAGACAAAGGCUUACGCCAAGGCCAUUGAGAUGGAGCUGAGGAAGAUGGAGGUGGUGCAGGCCAACAGACACGUGUCUCUGCUGACCUCCUUCAUGCCCGAGUCCUUCCUUCGUCACGGUGGAGACCACGACUGCAUCCUGGUGCUGCUGCUCAUCCCCAGGCUCAUCUGCAAGGCCGAGCUGAUCAGCAAACAGGCGCAGGAGAAGUUCGACCUGAACGAAAACUGCGUGGAGCGAGCCGGACUGAAGGGAGCCGUYGGGGAGCAGCUGAGCUUCGCGGCGGGCCUCGUCUACUCGCUCAGCCUGCUGCAGGCCACGCUGCACAGAUACGAGCAAGCUCUGGGUCAGUGCAGCGUGGAGGUCUACAAGAAGGUCGGCUCUCUGUACCCAGAGAUGAGCGUUCAUGAACGAUCGCUGGACUUCCUCAUCGACCUGCUGCACAAAGACCAGCUGGACGAGACGGUCAACGUGGAGCUGCUCACAAAGGCCAUCAAAUACUAUCAGCACCUGUACAGCAUCCACCUGGCUGAUCAGAAUGAGGACUGCACCGUGCAGCUGGCUGAUCACAUCAGAUUCACCCAGAGUGCUCUGGACUGCAUGUCUGUGGAGGUGGGCCGCCUGCGGGCCUUCCUGCACGUGGCUCAGGAGAAGGCCGACUUUGCGGUGCUGCUGAAGGACCUGGAGACGUCCUGCAGUGACAUCAGGCAGUUCUGCAAAAAGAUCCGCCGCAGGAUGCCCGGAACCGACGCUCCGGGCAUCCCGGCUGCGCUCGGCUUCGGACAGCAGGUGUGCGACACGCUGUCAGACUGCCGCAAACACCUGACCUGGAUGGUGGCGGUGCUGCAGGAAGUGGCAGCAGCUGGAGCGCAGAUGAUGUCACCUCUGGGUGAACAGGAGGGGCUGGCGGCCGUCAAACUGGAGGACGUGGCCUUCAAGGCUGGAGAACAAAUCUACGGGUCUCCAGGUGCCAACCCCUAUGAGUGUCUGCGACAGUCCAGCAGCGUCGUCAUUGCAACCAUGAACAAGAUGGCAACGGCCAUGCAGGAAGGAGAGUACGACUCCGAGAAGCCCCAAAGCAAGAACCCUCCGCCGGUGGAUGUGCGAGCGGCGGCUCUCAGAGCUGAAAUCACAGACGCAGAAGGACUCGGUUUGAAGCUGGAGGACAGAGAGACCGUCAUCAAGGAGCUGAAGAAGUCUCUGAAAAUCAAGGGGGAGGAGCUUAGCGAGGCUAACGUCCGUCUCAGCCUGCUGGAGAAGAAGCUGGACAGCUCGUCCAAAGAUGCAGACGAACGUGUCGAGAAGAUUCAGACUCAGUUGGACGAGGCUCAGACUCUGCUGAAGAAGAAGGAGAAGGAGUUUGAGGAGACGAUGGACGCUCUGCAGGCAGACAUUGAUCAGCUGGAAUCRGAGAAGGCAGAACUGAAGCAGAGAAUCAACAGCCAAUCAAAGAUGACCAUCGACGGGCUGAGAGGCAGCGGCCAAUCAGGAAUCGCUUCAGUUGUCACGGGCAUGACAGGAGAGGAGCAGAAAGCCAGCGUGAUUUCUGGAGUCUGCUCGGGGUCCGGAGCUCAGGUGAUCGACUCUCCUCUGCUGACUCAGCAGAUCCAAGCUCAGAGACUCUGCAUCAAGCACUUGAAGAACGAAAACAACAAGCUGAAGACAGAGAAGAUGCACGCUCAGCUGGCCUCUCUGCCUCCUCUUCAUGUGACCAAACUACCUUCCAAGGAAAAACGUCCUGAAGUCCUCUCUAGCGCCCUCUACCGCAAGACCGACCAGCUCCUGGAGACUCUGCUGCAGAUGAGCGCCAACAGUAAGGUGGUGGACAUCACAGGGAAAUCCCCAGUUACACCUGGUGCUCAGCUUCUGGAACAGACGGCUCGACUUCAGUCCCUGAGAGAGACGCUUGAUAAACUGAAGGGGGAAGUUGCAGAGCAUGUGGUCAACCUGCAGCCCGGAGCUCGAGUCUCAUCUGACUUUGCAACGUUUCCUUCAGCCUCGUUUGUUAAGGCGAACCAGGAGAAGCAUGUCGACACGGUGCUGGUGGGUCGGGUCAUGAUGCCGUGUCCCCGCGGUCAGGAGCAGGUCCAUCGCCUCAUUCUGACCCAGUCGCAGCUGCAGAGAGUUCACAGUCUCCUGCAAACCUAAACCUGGCCGGCUCCAUGAGCCGCGCAGCUGAAACACCUCCCUACAUGUGCAGGGCUGGACCACGUGGAACCACCAGGUACCGCCUGUGUCUCUGAGGGUCCAAACUGGAAGUUCUCUUCAUCUUCAAAUAAUAAUCUCAACCUGAUCGCUUGUUCUGUUCUGAUCCUGGAUGAGGCGGACAAAAUAGAGUUGAAACUAUGAACUAUGCUUUGGCAGAAAACAUGUUUGUAAAAGCCCCCCCCAGUGAAAUUCAGCUGUGCUUCAGAAAAUACAAAACCAACUUAAGAAUUAUAUUUGAUACAUGUUUGCUGCUGCAUGUUGUCCAGACUUAGACCCUGUCCCAGUACUCCCACUCCCACCCUCAUUCUCUUGUGCACUUCAAAUGUGUGUUCACGUUGAAGGGUUUGAGUGCGUAGUGUCCCACAUUCUCCACAUCCACCCUUCGCCCCGCCCAUUUUGGGUGUUUCCGCACUUCCGCAAAGUCUGCAUUUUUACGGACUUUGGUGAAGUGUAUUACCCACAAUUCAUUGCUGCCAAACCAGUGACCGUUUAUUUAUUUAUUUUUUAAAUAAACCUUUAUUGAACAUUU